GCGACGCGCUCUGUGAUGACGAUUGGUGGGCGGGUAUUUCGCGCGCCAGUCCUCUAGUGUUUUUGUUACCACAAUAGUUAACCAGCAUGCCGUUCACAUUUUGCUUGCUGAUGCCUCACAGAAUGGAGAAAUGUAUCCCAGACUAAAUGGUAUGUAUGGGAAAUAUGGAUUGGGAACAAUUGGAGCUCAACCCAAGGAUUAUAGCAGCCGUAAAGAAAGCUAAUGUGAAAUCAGCGAGGAAGAUUCUCAGUCUCUCGGGUCCGGAUCUACAACGACUCACCCACCUGUCAAAGUCAGACGUGCAACACCUGCACACAGCUGUUGCUAUCUCUUACCGCAGACAUUCACCUGUAACAGCCUUACAAGUGCACCGUGGAGAGUGUCCCUCUUUGGAACCUGGGCACAAGCUAAGUUUGGCUUGCCCCGUUCUGGACGCUCUACUGCGAGGUGGUGUACCGUUGAGCGGCAUCACAGAACUGGCAGGGGAGAGCAGUGCAGGAAAGACCCAGUUUGGCUUGCAGCUGUGUCUUUCUGUGCAGUACCCACUGGCGUAUGGAGGGCUCAAUUCAGGAGCUGUGUAUAUUUGCACAGAAGACUCAUUUCCCAUCAAGCGUCUGCGGCAGCUCAUUACCCAGCAGGCUCGGCUGCGGCCAGAGCUUCCCCAGGCCCUGAUACGGAGCAUCCGUUUCAGCGACAACAUCUAUAUAGAGCAUGCUGCCGAUCUGGGUGCACUGCAGGCCUGCGUGUCCCAGCGGGUGCCCAUUCUGCUCUCCCGGGGCCUUGUUCGGCUGGUGGUGGUGGACUCGGUGGCGGCUCUGUUCCGCAGCGAGUUCCAGGCGGACGAGGGUAUCGAGAGAGCCCGCCACAUGCUGGCCUUUGCCGCCACUCUCCACCGCCUGAGUCACAACUACAGUACCCCGGUGCUGUGCAUCAACCAGGUGACAGAAGUAAUGGAUGGGCCAGAUCCAGCACACUGUAACUUUGGGUUGGUGGACAAUAAGGUGCUGCCCGCCCUGGGCAUGGCCUGGGCCAACCAGGUGAUGGUGAGGCUGAUGCUGCUCCGCCUCCCGGGCUGUGUGGGCACCGGGGAGCAGGGCGGUACCAGCGCCCCUCGCAGGCUGGAGGUGGUGUUCGCCCCCCACCUCCCCAGAGCCAGCUGCCUGUGUGGGGUGUGGGAGGAAGGAGUGAGAGGGCUGCCAAACAGACCCCGGUCCGUCACCAACAGCGUUACCAAGAGACUUGAAACCACAGGCGAAUUGGGCCUGAACGAUGGUACCUAAAUCCGGUAAACUUGUACAGUUAUAGGAUACAGAAAAAAAGUGCCAAAUGGGAAAAUGAUAGGGACCCGCACACUGUUUAGAUGCUCUGCAGUUUUCUUCGCAAUAUUGUAACCACAAAGGAAUUUUGUAUCAGGUGAGUCAAGGAUGAUUCCAGCAGGGAAUGCACACUGGAGGAGAGUGGACACUGCAGGAUGGCAUGACUGUUGCCUUACUUUGUGCUUCGACAUUCCAUAGUGAAGCCUAUAUGCAUUUAAAAGGAGAGAGAAGAUAGUAGAAAAAGUAUGAAAGUAUUAAUGUGUCAAAUGAAAUGGAAAUCCUGACAAACCACCUUUAAAAAAAAUCUAAAUACAUUUUUAGCAGCAGACAUUUUCUGCUUUUCUUUUCACAACAGAAUGUAAUAUAAGCUAUUGCAAAAAUAUAUAUAUUUUGCACUACACUUCUGAAGUUUCAUUUGCAUAGCAGCGUGUUCCUGUUGGAGGGAGCUGACACUUGAUUUAGAAAUCGGCAGGCCUGUGGUGUAUGCCAAUCAGUACUGACAACAGCACAUCCUAACAACAGCACUGACGGUUUCUAAAUAGUGUAAUUUCACUCCAACCAGGACAUGCAGCUCUGCAAGUCAAAUGCACUUCUGAAAACAGUGCAGAAAACUAUCUGCAACGAUUGAAUUCUGGCCAAAGUCUUUUAUUUGUUUCACAUGUUAGAGGAUGUUCUAUCCAGUGAUGUAGUGGUAAAUAAAAUUGGUGGGUAAAGCUAAUUGCCA